ACAGAGGGAAGGGAUAAAGGCGUCGUCGACGAUCAUCAACGAUGGCGUGGCAGUAGUGGAGCAAGGGGGACAAAGGGGAAUAUGGCAGACAGACAUGUACACUUUACGGAGCCACCAGCAGAGGCGAAUACUUGUUCAUCGACUCUUUCAUGUGCACGUGUGCAUGUGGCUUUUUUUUAAAUCAGUGUGUGUAACAAUCUCUCAUAUACACAUACAUAGAAUUGGCCUGAAGGCUCGCCUCUUUUCCACACUGACAGUUCCCUCGUGUUUACAGUGGCACACACACAGAUAGAAACUAUCCAAUGUUUAUGAUUCUCACUCUCUCAUUUUUCGCCUAUGUGUGAGCACCUUGCAACCACUUUAAUGUGCCGUUUGUGUUAUUGUAUGCAUGUGCUAGAAAGAGAUACACAACAUGAGUAAUGUACACACAUACAAAGAGAGAGGAGAAGGAAAAUAGCGUGCGCUCGCGCAUAUCAGGACAUGAUCAGGGCUAUGCUGCGUUAGCAUUGUGAGUAUCGUGUGCGUCGGGCGAAGUAGACGGUUUACUUGGUGUUUCUGGCUGUGUUCGACUUGACUUGGCGCUAAAAAAAAUAUGCGUAAACUCGCGGCCAGUGGUUCACCGUCGUUGGUUCGUGCGUGCUCGAUCGAUACGCCAUUGCGGCGCAGCGUGCCAAGUAAAUCGGUCGUCUGACAAUGCCCACGGGAACUGUUAAUGUGGUGGUGGUGGUGGUGGCGAAGUCGUCGGAGGUGUGAUAUCUGUCAAGCAAAUACAUCAAAAGAAGAUAUUAGCCUGAAAGUGAUUGGAAUAAGUUUAAUUUUUGUGAUUGUUGAGAAUGCUCCACUGGCAGGAUGUGAUAAUGUGUCUGUGAGAGUUAGUGGACAUGUGUCGUUUUGCUGAUCGCCACUUGGAUGGACAUUCAAAAGGCCCAGGCCACCGACCCGUACCCGUGACCGAGCCCUGUAUUUUGGGUCGAGUGUGUAUAUGUGAAAGAUGUAACCAAGCCUCUAUGUGUGAAUUGUGAUUCGAGCGCUUGCGUUUCCUCACCACGGCCGCCACCUUCGACCUUCGGGGACGCGUCAGGGGGACGUCGUUUGACUGAUACGGAUCCAAGUCAGCAGUGUCAUGUGCGUGGACACGAUGUUGUGGUGGUGCGAUGGUUGUGUCGCGUCGUCAACGAAGAAGACGACGACAAUUCGACACCUAGGUCAGACUUAGGAGAGAGAAAAAAAAAAAAAAAAGAAAGAAGAGAUUUAUCGCGAGUCAGUGCUUCGCAGUCAAUCAGUUUAAAGUCGCGCACGAGGCGAGAACAGGGGGGGUCGGCUCUGAUGAGAUGGACCGGGUUUAUCUCUGUCCCGCAAACGUAUCUGCUUUUUGCAAAAAGUUUGUGCGUUCGGAGUGUGAGCGCGUGUGCAAAUCUUGAGCUAUCUCGCUAACAACAACGAGUUCCUCUGUGUCUCGUCUUGGUUUCGAGGGGAAAAAAAAAACGAAAGAAUUCUGAUAUUAUACAUAAUGGAGACGCUACUACCAGGCAAGACAAACAAUCAAUCGUACAGUCCACAGCUGAAAACGGUUUUAAAAACAUAUCAGCUGUCAGCCGUCAAGAGUUUACAGGGUCCAAGCUCGGCCCUGUUGGAUAUGGAAUGUAAAGGUCUGCUUCAGGAACAAGCAGGCUUUCGUUUCUCACCAACGAGUCAUGGCACAGAUACCAUUACGGAAGGUUGUGGUAAGACAAUUGUCAAGGACAGAAUAUCACCGGUGUCAGUUUUGUGUAAAGAUUCAAGGGUGGGUCAUUUACCUGAUGAUUCUGACGAUGAUCCCCAACCUGAGAGGUUGAAAAUACCAUUGGAAAAACGUGAACUCGAAUUUCCGAUUCCAAUAUUGACAACACCGGAUCAAAGUUGUUCGGAGAGGUGUGAAACAUUGCUUGAAGGGGAGAGGAUAUCGUGCUUUGUUGUGGGUGGAGAAAGGAGGUUAUGUCUGCCACAGAUACUCAAUACUGUUUUGCAAGAUUUUUCAUUACAGCAGAUAAAUCAGGUGUGCGAUGAGUUACAAAUUUAUUGUUCAAGAUGUACUCGCGAUCAAUUAGAGGAACUUAAAUUGUCUGGUAUUUUACCUCGUAAUGCACCGUCUUGUGGUUUAAUAACACAAACCGAUGCAGAACGAUUAGUGAGUGCUUUACUUUCCCGGGCUGAACCCUGUUUGGCUAUACCAAUUCAGGAACAUGAAUUUGAAGAAAAGAAACUUCAUAAAAAAGAAGUUGACGAGAAUUGUGUGUCGAGAUUUAAAGUGUAUCAUGAGUGUUUUGGAAAGUGUAAGGGAAUUUUUGAUGCUGAUUUGUUUAUAACGGAGGACUCGGCUUGUAUUGAGUGUUUAGAGUGUGGUUUAAGGUUUUCUCCAGCAAGAUUUGUGAGGCAUGCACAUCGUUCAUUGGAAAAUCGGACAUGUCACUGGGGUUUCGAUUCAGCUAAUUGGAGAUCAUAUCUUCUUUUAUCUCGAGACCAGGGGCAUUAUAAUAAAGUUGUGAAUUACUUUCAGGAACUUAAGGAGAGACAUCUUCUUCCUAACUCGAAACGAAAAUUUGAGUUCCGAUAUGAACCUGAGAAGUUAGCCAAGAAAUUAAAGAAGGAAAUAGCGAAGGAAGAAUUUCCUGGCGGUAUUUAUAAUGGAAAUGGAUUGGGCCUUUAUCAUCCUGUUUCAACAGUAACUAGUGCUAAUGAUCCUUAUUUACAAAUGCAGUGGGCUGUUUUUGAAUUAGCUGCAAGAGGCGCAUCUGCAUUUAGGCCUUGGAAUACACCUGGAUCGUGUAAACUUAGGGAAAGUUCACCACUGGUUCCUGCUUAUCUCAGCCGAGGACCACCAGUACUUCAACAUCCUGAACGUGUAGUACCCCUCUCGGAGUGCGAACGUUUUGAACCUCAUUAUCAGCCUAAUGUUGCACUAGCUCCAAUAGCAGCAUCAACAGUAUCUCUCAUUCCCACAGCUCCAGUUCAACAUCAUCAUCAUCAUCAUCAUCGUCGAUAUCCACAUGAACGUCGUCGUCACAAUCAUCGAUCACCAAGUCCUAAUGAAAAAUCCGAAUCAUUUCCUGUUAGUGUGAAACUUGAGAAACCAUCGUCGCCUGUACCGAGUGCUGGUUUUGUUCCAUUAGGUGGACCACCAUUGACAGAUGAAACUCAAGAUGAAUUAUGUCCUGAGGAAAAAAUUUUAGGACAUCAUCAUCAAGAGGAAGAGGAAAGUACAGCGGUUACUUCAUCAACUGUUAAUGUUGAAACAACAACAACAACAACAGCUAUUGAAGUUGUCACAUCAUCGCCAGAAAUUGAUCUCAAUUCAGAUGGAUCAACGGCAAUAGAACUUCAAGAAAGACUUUUGGGUAUUGAUUUGCCAGUAGAUGUUGUUGAAUUGAUAAAACGUUUAUCAUCGGAAAAUGCAAUUUUACGACAAGCACGAAUAAAUGAUGCACGUGAAAUUGCAAGGUUACGUGAUUUAUUGCAAAUCAAAGAAUUGCAAACAACAUGUAAAAUUGAAAAUAAUGAAGAUGUAACGAAUGCAAGUGUAGCCGAUAGCACUGAAAGUAAUGAGAAAUUAAAGGAUUCAACAAUACUUUCAGAAAGUAAAACACCAGAAUCCGAUGUUGUCUCGAAUGAGAGUAAUGAUUAGAAACAUUUUUACCGCGGUUAUAAAUGCAAUACUCGAAAUUUUUUGUCUAAUGCUCAAUGGUUCUGAAUUUUUCCUUAGAUAUGAAAUUAUUUAUUAAUUAAUUUUUUUUUUAUAAAUGUGAAUAAUAUGCCGAAAAUUAUAAGCAAAUAGUGAUAAUUUUUUUUUUAACUCCAAAAUUAAUGGGGUUUUAAUUUUGAUUUUAAAGGGAAAAAGACAGAACUGAUAGGCAAAAAAUUUUCGAAAAAAAUAAUAAAACAAGCUCAGUAAUCAAUCGCGGCACUUAUCGUUCGUUUUUGGAUAAGUGUGGUACUGAAAUUUUCGCGCUAGAGGUAUUAAAAAAAAAAAAAAAAAAAUGAAUAUAUAUAAAUAUAUAUUAAAACGAUUCUAAAUAAAAUUGAGAACUCUCUUGGUUAUGUGAUAAAUGAAGAGCCUUUAAACGUUAUUGUAUAUGACGAUUAAAUUCAGAGUUCUUAAAUUGUAAGUAAUAAAACUUUAUCAACGGUUUUGUUUUUUGACCCAUUGUAGAUAUUGUACAAUACAGAGAAAAAAAGAUUAAUUAGUUAUUAAAAUGAAAUAUUACCACGCCACACGAUGAUAGAAAAACAUAAAGGAAAUAAUGAGUGCGUAGUUGAUAUUAAAUAUCAAAUGCGCGAGAUUUUUUUUCCUUUUUUUUUAAAAAAAAAAAGAAAGAAAAGGCGAUAUGCUUGAAUAUAAUGAAGUUUGGGUUAUUUUUCAAAUAACCUUUCUGAAUUUAUAAUAUUGCAUAGUGUAUAUAACGUAUACAUUCUGAGGUCAGAUAUAUAUUAUAUAUAUAUGUAUAUAUAUAUAUAUAAUAUAUAUAUAUAUCUAAAUUAGGGUGAUUGUAAAAAAAUUUUUUACAUCAAAAAUCAGGAAAUAAAAUUAAUUUUCACUGAAAUCUGACUAAAGAAGUUUUUGUUGAUAUAUGAUUUUAAUCGUCAAAAAUUAAAAUUUGUUUACUAUCACCUUAAUAUAUGUUAAUAAAAAAAAAAAAAACAAUAAGCGAAUUAUUGCAAAAAGUACAAAAACCCUAGGUGCUAUAUUGUUACGCUAGGUUUCGAGCAAGCAAAUAAAAGAGCUUGAUGUAUUCCAGCAGUUGGUUUGAAAAUGUGUCGUGAGAAAGCAUCGAAAGCAUUAUAUAUUUGGCAUUAUUAUUUUUUGUUUUUUUUUUUUUUUUUUGCAUUAAAAAGGAGACGUCUCUCCUUUAUUCCCCCUCUUUUUUCGAGUUGAUGACUUUUAUUGAAGAUUAGAAAUUGAUUUUGCCAACGCAAAGAUCAUAUUAUUUUCUACUUACCAACGAUGUUCUUCCUUCGCUCUAAGUUUUUUGAGAGUUACUGUAUUUUAUUCAGAAAGGAAGCUCAUCGUUAAAAUUAUUAUUAUAUUUUUACCAAAUUUUAUCUGUUUUUUUUGUUUUUUUUUUUAUUAAAAAUAUUUUUUUAAUUCUAUUUUUCUUUUUAUAUUUUACUCGAAAUUCUUUAAUAAAAGUUGUUGAUUAGUUUCAAUAUAUAUAUACAUAUAUGGCAAUGAUUGCGUAACAAUCAGGAGUACAAGAAGAUAGUCAAUACUCGAUUUUAACGGACACAUUUUUUUCGAGAUGUAUAUAUAUAUAUAUAUAUAAAGAUUGAUGAAAAAAAAAAAUUUUUAGCGAAAAAAAAGUUUCCCUCCCCCCUCCCCCCUAAGCCCCGUUUUUAUCAAGUCAAACUGUAAUAUUCAAUAGCUGAUACCGUACAUAUUUAGUAAUAAUAAAUCGAUUAUAUCGAUAGAUUCGUUAUUAAGUCGUGCGUAUUCAUAUUUACAUUGUACAAUAAAAAAAAAAAUGAUGAAAUGGAACAAGUUAAACAGUGCCCGUAUGCGCGUAUUAUUGAAAUCGCACAUUUACUCAGACGUAUUAGAGGCUGCUUGGAAGAUCUCUCAUAUUGUUGUUUUGAUUAAUUUAUCAUUUUACAGUAUUUUAAAUUUCUUUUUUUUUUAAAUAAAAUUACAAAUAUCGAAUGACAGAUUUUCAAAGCAAUUUAGUAGAGCCUGAAUAAUGAUAAUUAACAGUAAAUAUAACAUAGGACGCAUACAAUCACCAAUUAUGUUCGGUAUAAUCGACUUCGUACGACAUACAUACUUUACAAUAAAAAAAAAAAAAAAUAUUACAAAUAUUGUAAGAAUUUUCCCACCUAAGAAAUAUAGAGAAUUGUAAUAGUCUACGUUUUUUCAUACACACUCGGUUUAAAUUUUAUCUAGGAUUAUUAUAAUACAAGAUUAAUAAAUAUACAUAUGUGUAUAUCUUACGUACUACUCCAAAAAAAAAAAAAAAAAAAAAAUUCGGAAACGAUUCACGAAAAAUAUUUCAUUCAAUCGAAUUUUUUUUAUUGUCAAAUUUUUACGUAUUAUAUUAUUAUUGUACUCUCUGGUCAUGUUUUAAGUAUGAUUAUAACGCAAACUAAAACACGUGUCCGAUAUAUAUAUAUAUAGAUAUAUGAUAUCGAUUUGUACUUCCUAUAUAUUUUCUUUUAGAUUUUUAUUUUUUCAAACUCUUUUCUUCGUAUUUCCAAAGAGGGUGUCUAAAACCAAAAUAAGGGGUCAAAAUUUAUUUAAAAAAAAAAGAGAGAAAUUAAUUUUGGUCUGCUCUCUAAAUCUGAAUUAGUAAAAAUGUUUACUAAUUUAAAUUAGUGACUCACUUUUUGCUUUAGAAUUAGUUAAAUUUUACUAAUUGUUAGUAAAAGUUACUAAUAAUUAGUAAAAUUUUACUAAUUCAGAAUUCUUUUGCUUUAGAAUUAGUUAAAUUUUACUAAUUGUUAGUAAAAGUUACUAAUAAUUAGUAAAAUUUUACUAAUUUAGAAUUCUUUUGCUUUAGAAUUAGUUAAAUUUUACUAAUUGUUAGUAAAAGUUACUAAUAAUUAGUAAAACUUUACUAAUUCAGAAUUCUUUUGCUUUAGAAUUAGUUAAAUUUUACUAAUUGUUAGUAAAAGUUACUAAUAAUUAGUAAAAUUUUACUAAUUCAAAAGCAAAAAGUGCGUCACUAAUUCAAAUUAGUAAACAUUUUUAUUAAUUCAGAUUUAGAGAGUGGAUUUACCCCGGUUGAUUAAUUGAAAAUCAUUUUCGGAGUUGUACAUUUUACCAAUUUUUGUAUAAAUGAGACCAAAUUUUUUUUUUUUUUUGGGGGGGAAAUUUUGACUGGUACCUUUAUUUAUUAUUUACUAGAUAGAUAUAUUUUAUACGUUGAGUAUUAUUUUACGAGCAAAUUUUAUUUGAAAAUUAUAUUUUUUUGCAAAUCAGCUUUAUUAGGUUAUUGAAUAAUAAGCUCUUGAAAAGAUUGCUUUUUAUGGAGAGUAUGAAGUUAAAAAGUUUGGCAAAAUUUUUUUUUUAUACCUUUAAGGAUAUAAUUUAGUUAAUUAAUAAAAGAAAUUAUGCCAAAACUUUUUAAUAAUUGUUUUUUUUUUCAAAUGAUUAUAAAUACAAAAGUUGUUUUUGUGGAAUUUUUUUUCGCAUAAUAUAAAUGACACUCACUUUGGAAAUAAUGAUUUAUAUAUAUAUAUAUUGUAUAUGAAAAACCCCUUGAUUAUAAAAAAAAAAAAAAACAAAACGAAAAAAAGUGAAUCAAUAUUCUUCAGUCGUUUUGACAUAACAUUUUUGAAUGUACUACACGUAAGAAGCAUUAUCUACCGCGACUUAUUAUUAUUGUAGAUAUUAUAAAUAUUGUUAAAGAAAAUAAACUAUUGAAACACAGUCGGUAGACGAUAGCUCUCGUUUUGAUUAAAUAUAUUAAUUGUUCCGAGACGUCGUGUGUGUAGUUUCCAAAAUGUUUUGAUUUGUAGAAAAUUGUUUUCACCUCCCCCCCCAAAAAAACCCUCCCCGUUACCCCUUCAAAUUUCGCGUCCGCGAGAGAGUGAUUUGUAUGAUUUUUUUUUUCUCAUUUUAAUUUGAUUCGAAACUGAAAUUAUAAUGUUCUUUUUAAAUUAUUAUAUUACUUAACAUUAGUACCUGCAAUUGGCGAGAAUGCCUACAAAUUUGUGAUGAAAGUUUUUAUAAUGCAUAAUAUGUAUGAAAAUGUAAUCGCAUACAGAGAUCUAGUGCAAAUAAUUAUUCUUAAUUACUAUAUUACAUGUAA